AUGUCGGGCCUAGACGUCGAGGCACUCCUCGAUUCCACUGCCUCCAACAAGGAGCAGAUGGACAUUGACCCUCCUACCACCAACGGCGACGCCGACCAGAACGGCUCCAAAUCAGAACGCCGUGACCGUGACACGGACCGCGACAAAGAGCGCGACGGGCGAGACCGUGGUGAUCGUGAUCGGGGCAGAGAUACCAGCAGGGACCGGGCCAGGAGACAUCGCGACCGCAGUUCGGGCCGCCUUCGCAAUUCGUCGAGUGAAGCUGGUAGAGAUACCCCCCGCAGUGAGGCCGGAAGCCACCGAAGUAGGCGUCGGAGCCGGAGCCGUGAAUCUGGCCGACACUCACGCCGUCACAGAGACGGAGAUUACUACCGAGGCCGCGGAGGCCGCUCCCGAUCUCGCUCCCCAAACCGCUACUACCGGCCCCGGGGCGAUGAUCGCCGUGGCGGUGACAGCUACCGCCGACGUGACGACGACCGCCGCAGCGGCAGAAACACCCCCCGGGUCAGAGAUGGCACCCCUCCGCCCCUGACCGAGGACGAGCGUGAUCGCCGCACCGUGUUCGUCCAGCAGUUGGCCGCCCGUCUGCGCACUCGCGAGCUUAAGGAGUUUUUUGAGAAGGUCGGCCCUGUUGCCGAGGCCCAGAUUGUGAAGGACAGGGUCAGCAAUCGCUCCAAGGGCGUUGGUUAUGUUGAAUUCAAGAGCGAAGAACACGUCCAAGCCGCUCUCCAGCUCACUGGCCAGAAACUCCUAGGUAUUCCUGUCAUCGUCCAGCUUACCGAGGCUGAGAAAAACCGCCAAGUGCGCACCACGGAGUCCACUGGACACCACCCCAACUCGAUUCCUUUCCACCGUCUUUACGUGGGCAACAUCCAUUUUAGUAUUACGGAGCAAGAUUUGCAGAAUGUUUUUGAGCCCUUUGGCGAACUCGAGUUUGUCCAGCUCCAGAAGGACGACAACGGCAGGAGCCGUGGUUACGGAUUUGUACAGUAUUUUACCCCAGAGUCCACUGCCAAUCUCCUGCAGAGGUUCCAAGGACAGAAUCAUCAUCAACAAUUCCAGGGAUCUGCUUUCUCGGGCGCCGGUGGACGUGGCCCCGCUACUUCCAACUUUGAUCGCGCUGGCGCACGCGACAACGAGAAGGGCACCGGUGCCAGUGCUCUCGACGACACCGACGUUGCCGGUGUCAACUUUAACAACUAUAGUCGCGAUGCUCUCAUGAGGAAGCUGGCACGAACUGACGAGCCACCUGCUAGCGUUGUUCCUGACCGACAGAUUCUCAAGCCCAAGACGGAGACCAAGCCGCUGCCUGUCAACGUGAACAUGGCCAGUCGAUGCGUUGUUCUUCACAACAUGUUUGACCCUGCUGAGGAAGAGGGUGAAGACUGGAUCAAGGAGCUCGAGGACGAUGUCCGCGAAGAGGCCGAGGCCAAGUAUGGCCACGUCGUUCACAUUUCUCUAGAUCCCAACUCGGCCGGCGACAUCUACCUCAAGUUCGACAAGGUCCAGGGAGGAGAGAACGCCAUCAAGGGCUUGAACGGCCGGUAUUUCGGUGGAAGAAUGAUUACCGCUGCGCCUGUUGUGGACGCGGUCUACAGCAUCCCAACGAGGGAGCGAUGGUCACUUAUUUCUAGGAUCCCUUUUGACUUUCAUGCCGUCAAGCGAGCAACUUGUCCUGCGAUAUACUCUCCACCCAACCCUACAACAACCAGCGCAACCAGCACAACCACCGAUGGACAGCACUCGGCAUCAGAGUUUAGUUCUGCUCUUUCAAGGUUUCACGGCACAAACACCACACCAGGUCAUCGCAAGGACCAUUGA